CUCUUUGCUCUGACGUCAUGACACGCGAGAUCUUAACCCAUGCAAACAAAGAUGGUGGCUCCCUGACCGUCCAUGUGGCUCCGACGACAGAAAUAACUGCUCUCUAUCUUCAUUAUUCUCUCUAACUACCUCUUGAACUGUUCACCACACCUCAGUGUUGAAGUUGUGAUCAGGAAAACAAGGAAACAAAGAUGCAGUGUGAUGACGUGAUCUGGGAUAUCAUUGGGAACAAACAGUUCUGCUCCUUCAAAGUCAAAACGAAGAGUCAGAACUUCUGUCGUAAUGAAUACAACAUCACAGGACUGUGUAACCGCUCGUCCUGCCCGCUGGCCAACAGUCAGUACGCCACCAUCAGAGAGGAGAAAGGUCAGUGUUUCCUCUACAUGAAGGUGAUCGAGAGGGCGGCGUUCCCCGCCAGGAUGUGGGAGAAGGUGAAGCUCAGUAAGAACUAUGAGAAAGCUCUGGAGCAGAUCGAUGAGAGUUUGAUCUACUGGCCUCGAUUCAUCCGACACAAAUGUAAACAACGUUUCACCAAAAUCACCCAGUACCUGAUCCGCAUGCGCAAACUGGUCCUCAAGAGACAGAGAAAGCUGGUUCCUCUCAGUCGAAAGGUGGAGCAGCGAGAGAAGAGGAAAGAGGAGAAAGCUCUGAUCGCCGCUCAGCUGGACAACGCCAUCGAGAAGGAGCUGCUGGAGAGACUCAAACAGGGAACGUACGGAGACAUUUACAACUUCCCGGUCCACGCCUUCGACAGAGCUCUGGAGCAGCAGGAUGCAGACAGCGAGUCAGAGGAAGAGGAGGAAGAGGAGGAGGAAGAGGAUGACAAGGACGUCGGGCAGAGUGAGUUUGUGGCUGAAGACGAGAUAGAGGAGAGCGACCUGAGUGACUUUGAGGAAAUGAACAAACUGAGGACGAGCAGUGAUGAGGAGGACCAGGACGGGGAGGAAUCCAGUGAAGAGGAGGAUGAGGAAGAGGAUGAAGAGGAGAUGGAGGUCGAGACGACGAAGAAGAAGGCCUCCAAGUCGAAGGGAAAAUCUCCCGCUAACGGCUCGGCGGCGAGGAAGAAGCGAGCGUACGUGGAGAUCGAGUACGAGCAGGAGACAGAGCCCGCCUCCAAGAGCAGGACCACGUAGUGAUGUCACACUCUCUGCAGCCAAUCAGACUGUGAGCUGUGUGUGAGAUCACAGGACUCUAGUUACACACACACACACUCAGAGCGUCAGUGUGUGAAGUGAUCAUCCUGAAGACUUCAGAUCCUCUCAGGAGGUUUUUCUCAAACUGAGACCCUGUUCAUGACGUCAGGUGAUCUCUCUCACCUGCUGUCUUUACUCCAAACCACUUCCUGUUAGAAGAACAAUAAAAGAAUUUAUCUUUGUUAUGAUAUAAACAAAAUUGGUCAAUAUAUAUCAUUAUUUGGAUCUCUCUGGAGUACAUUUUUUAAAAGUUUCAUGAGAAGUGAGGUAGAAAGGAGGUCGCUGUUCAUUCUUAAAUGUCAUUUUUUAAGCUCCAAAAAUCUCCUUCCUGGUAGAGGAGCAGAGAGAGAUCUGAAAACCAGGACACAUCCACUUUAAACUACCAGACUGAACCAGAUCCUGACCCUGACCUGGACGUCUUUACCCUUCAUCUGUCUGCCUUAAAUCUGUGUGCUUUCAGAACCACAAAUAUUCAUCUGAGGGUCGACUGUUAGUGUUGUUUCUCUGACUUUAAAAAACAGAAUGAUGUUAAAAUAUGACGGUUUAGAGGAACACUGAUGGGAAACUAAGAAGCAGAAGUUUGAGUGUGGGCUUGUUAUAUCACUUUCUAAUCAUUUUGUCUGCAUUAUAUCUGAAUAUAAUGACUCCUGUUUGUUCCCUUAAACUGAUAAGUUGGUGAGAUGUAUCCUCAGUGUGUGUCUGACAGUUUAAGAUGUGAUAUUUUCACACUGCUUUGUAUGGAGAUAAUAAAAAUGGAUAUGAACACAUCA